AUUUUAAUUAUCAACUAUCAGUAAAAUAUAAUUAUAAUUUAAUUGUUAAUAAAAUAUAAGACAUAUGACAAAAAAUUCAUUCCACAUGUUAUCGAUUAUUAAAAUAUAAUAUUCGUACACAUAUAUUUAAUUAUAUAUUUUUCAUUAUUUAUAAAAAUGAAAAGUCCAGAGAUAUUAAAUAUACAUAUAUUUAAUUAAAUACUUUUUUCAUUGAUUAAACAGCUUGGCGAUAUGUUAAAAUAAAUUUAAAUAUUGAUUACGUAUAUAAUGACAAUCUCAUGAUGAUGUCAUACUUCCUUAGUUACGUAUCUGAUUUGAAUCAACAACAGUUUAGCACACAUAUCAAUUUAAUGUAAAGCGAGUUUCUGUGCAAGAUUUUUCAGAAAGUUUUUUUUAUAAAAUAUUGUGCGAUAUAAGUAUAGAAUUUCGCGAUGAAUAUCUCAAUUGAAAACAAUGCUUCAAUUGUACCUUUUGAUAAUGAAUUUAAUGCUGAUAGCAUGGAGCAAUCAGGGACUAAACUUAAGAAAAGAUUAUGGAUAGACACAAAGUCUCUGAAUGUGCCAAAUGUUCUGGAUCCAGAUGACUCCUUGAUGAAGAGAUUCCAAAAUGCUCUGCGAGAACAUCUCGUCCGUGUUGACAAUAAGUUGAGCAGCGAGAUAUUAGAGCUUGAAGCUAAAAUAAAAUCUAUAGAAAAAGAACACGAAGCAGAGAGCUUGCAAUUGUACCAUGCCCAACAGGAGACAGCACAGCAGCAAAUGACAAUUGAGAAAUAUCAAAGCAUGAUAGUAAAUGUAAUUUUACUGCGUGAAGAGAAAGAUACGCGUGUAAGGGACGCGACAGAUGUUCGUAAAGUCGCCCAUGCUAAAUUGCUGGAUGAAAAAACAAAAGAGGAAAACCUUGCGCAUGAGUUGGAACAACUUACAACUUUGCAAGCACAAUUUUCGGAAUGGCAAAAAGAGCUCGAAAAUAGUCUGGCUAUUUCCAAACAAGUGUCUAGGAAAGAUAAGGCGAUUCAACGAGAUUUAAUUACUCAGAAGCAGCAGAAAGAUUUUAUAAUAUUCAGACUUAUGGAAGAGACAUGGAAAAUUAAGAAUGAGAUAGCCAAUCUAGAUAUACAAUUACAGUUAAAAAAUAAAGAGAAAAUUGAGAUAAGCCAGAUGAUUGCCGACGUUAAUGCCGAUCUAGAAGCGUUGCAUAAGCAACAUAAGAAUUUAUGCAACGCUUGGAAUUCCGUUGUGCUGAAUAUUACUAAGCGGAAUAAAGUUUACGAGCAAUUAAACACAGAGCGCGAGAAAAUAUGCGAAUCCUUCAACACGUUACAUACAGAAAUAGAGAAAUUAAAGAAAGAAACUCAUAAAGAAGCGGAGAAUAACGAGAAUUUGACCUCAUUGCAUGUACGAAUAAAAGACAAUAUACAAAUUACUUCAAAGCUGAUGGAAGUGGAAAAUGACAAACUUAAUAAUUUGCAAUCUGAAUUAGUAAAAAUGGCAAAAUUUAGUGAACAUGAACAACAUGAAUUUGACUUAAUUAAUAAUGAAUGGCAGUAUUUGUUACACGAAGAGGAAGAAAUUGAUAAAGAAUUUGCAAAAUUUUUGAAUAAGCAAAACGAGCUGGAAAAUACAAUAUAUAGCAAGCUAGAGGACAAAGUUGCGCAUGAUAAAGCAGCGCGUUAUUUGAAUAAAUUAUUAGUAGAUUCUAAAGAAAGAAUACAAGAACAAGAACUGUCAUUAGUAGAAACAGAAAACUCAUAUGGCAAAAAGUUAUUAGAAUUAGAGCAACUCAAUGCAUACAUAUCUCAUGAAAAAGUGGAAUUAGAAGAACUUUUGCAAAGUAAUGAUGCAAAAGGAAAAGAGAUAGAUGAAAUUCAGAAAGAAAUAAAAAAACAUGAUACAACAAUUGAAAGGAAACGAAUAAAAAUUAUCACCUUGAAUAAAACCAUUGAAGAGAUAUUAUCACAGACUGGCGGUGAAGAAGUUAAUCCGCUUGACAUGAAAAUAAUGACUUUGGAAAAAAAUAUAGAAGAGAUACAGCAAGAUAUUAAAAAAUCACAGCAAUUUUGGAUUCGACAAGAAAGAUACAUGAUCACAUUAAGCCAACAAAGGGAUUUACAGCUGCAAGAACUUAAUCUUCUUAAUAAGGAAAUUAUGAUAAUGGAGCAAAAAAAUUUGAAACUAGAGCAUAGCUUGGAAAUGUUUGAUAAGGAAGAAUCGAAUAUGCAAAGAGUAUUGAAUCUAUUGCAACAAAAAUUGGUACAGAUGAACACGCAAUUAGUUAUACAGAAAGGACUGAGAGAAGAGUUAGAAGACAAAAAUUCUAUUACAAAAAACGAGGGAGUGCAAUCCCUCGAAGAUGCAGAAUUAAAUCUAAUAAAAAUGCAAAGUGAUUUAAAGCAAUUGUAUGAGGAAAAAAUGCUUCUGAAAGACAAUCUAGAUGCAGUGCAACAAGAAAGUUUAUCAUGGGAGAAAAAAGUACAGUUAAUGCAAGAAACAAUGAAGAAGUUGAGAGAUGAGCGUAGCAGUGGUGGUGACAUUGCCGUGAUGAAAAGCGAAAUUCAUAAAAUGGAAAUGCGUCUGUCACAUUUGCGUAGAGUACAAGAAAAAUUGAUUCACGAUAUGGAGUUUUGUGUCGCGCGGAGAGACAUUAUAUUGGACAAAGUUAUGAGCAAAUUUAAGAAAGAUCCAAAAGGACAACACAAUCAGAAAGUUAUAUUCUGUAAACGUCUUGCCGAUCAAAAAUUGAAGAUAAAACAAAUCGGGAAGGAUACAAAGAAAAUUGAAAAUAGAAUAUUCGAGCAAGAAUCUCAAAUAAAAGAUACACUAGACAAAUGUAAGGAAUCGCAAACAGCAUUAAAAAUGAUAGAAGAUGUUAUCCCAGAUGUGGAUCAGGAAAUAAUGCAAAUGGAAGCUGUUAAAUAUCACAAUUUGCAAGCAUUAGUUUUCAAACAACGAAAAGCUAAAAUGCUUCAAGACAUUAAAAGUGGCCGAUACAAGAUGUUUUUCAAAAGUGAAACAGCAAUAAGCGAUGAAUUCCAAAACGAACAGAUUCUUCAUGAUUAUUUGAAACAUGUAAUGGAAAGAACGAGCCAAGACUUUCCUUUAUUGAAAAAUGAUAUUCAAAAAAUACUUUUGACAUUAGAAAUAUUAUAAAAUCCCAGUAAAUAUAAGCAAGGAAAUAAAACA